UCCGUGGUGACGUCACACGCUGGUCUGCGCUACUCUGGGCCGCAGCUUGACUCAGGAGGAGGAGGACAAGUGUCUCAAACUACUCUACCACUUUUUUUUAUACCCCAACAGAUAACCAGCUGCAGCCGGAAAAAAAACAUCCUAAAAAAAUGGGCAACUGUCAACCCACUAUUGUGCCCUACGAUGAUUUUAAUGUCGUGGCUGACAUUAAGGCCAUCCGCAAAGCCUGCAAAGGAUUUGGAACUGAUGAGCAGGCCAUCAUUGACAUCCUGGCAAACCGCUGCUCAGCUCAGCGACAGGAAAUUAAACACGCCUAUUUUGAAAAGUAUGAUGAUGAGUUGGUGGAUGUGUUGAAGAGCGAGCUGUCGGGGAACUUUGAGAACGCCAUCCUCGCCAUGCUGGACCCGCCCGUCAUCUUCGCUGUGAAGGAGCUGAGGAAGGCCAUGAAGGGAGCAGGCACUGAUGAAGACGUCCUGGUGGAGAUCCUCUGCACCGCCACCAACGCUGACAUUGCCAUGUUCAAGGAAUGCUACUUUCAAGUGCAUGAGCGCGAUCUUGAAGCAGAUAUCGAGGGAGACACAAGCGGGGACGUUAGAAACCUGCUCAUGGCUCUGAUGCAGGGAAACAGAGAUGAGAGUUACGAGGUGGACGAGGAACUGGCUGAAUCAGACGCUGCCUGCCUGUUUGAGGCUGGUGAGGGUUGCUUUGGGACAGACGAGUCCACGUUCAGCUACAUCCUGGCCUCCAGAAAUUACCUGCAGCUACAGGCCACCUUUAAGAUAUAUGAGCAGCUCUCUGGGACUGAAAUCCUGGAUGCCAUUGAGAGUGAGACCUCUGGGACACUGAAGAAAUGCUACAAAGCCCUUGUGAGAGUUGCUAAGAACCCUCAGCUCUACUUUGCCAGACGUCUGCACGAUGCCAUGAAAGGAGCGGGCACGGACGAGGACACGCUCAUUCGCAUCAUCGUGUGUCGCUCUGAGUACGAUUUAGAGACCAUCAAAGACAUGUACCUGGAGAAGUACGACGUGUCUCUGAAGGAGGCGCUGAAGGACGAGUGCAGCGGCGACUUUAAACGUCUCCUCCUGGCGAUCUGCCACUGAGCGCCGGAGAGUUAGACGGGCGGACGUGGACAGACAGCAGAGCGUGUUUAUACUGAGGACGCUGCUGUUUUCUGUCUAACAGACUAACUCAGUGUCUCCAUGUGACAUUAUGUAGGGAGCAGGAGGGUGGAAGUGAUAGAAUAAUUAACCUGAUUCAUGUCUCUCGUCCAAACUCUGUGAAUCUAGGCGGCUCUGUUUUUAAACUUGUUCUACAGACAUUAAUUAGGCCAUUUAAGUGGAUUUACUCAUCCGUCUGUGUCUGUCAAUUACUGCCUGUUUCUAAGUCAAUUUGUAGCUUUGGCUCUGAAUGCGUUUACCAGCAUUUACACAGUGAUAUGUGAGUUUUAGUCACUGCAAAUAAGCACCAAAAUUUAUACAUUUCCAGGAACCAACUGUUGUCACACUGAUGCAAUUAGUGAGAUUUGAUGAGGUGGUGUGAGGCUUUUAAGGAUAAUCACAUUGUAAACAUGAUUGUACACUGGCAAAAAAAGUCUUUCUGCUGCUGCAUUCACUGUUAAGAGACGCUGGUGUUACAUUAGUACCAUGUUCAAGUAUUACGCUGUUUUAGAUCAAGUAAUUCUUUGUUUUUUUAUUUUUAUUCUGUAUCUUUCACCCUCCACGCCCCCAAAACCCAGUGACCGUUCACUGCUGUUAGGACUAAUGCAAUCACUCCAUGUGGCUUAAAGUUUGUGCUUUUAAAUGGAGAAAUGUGAAAGUUUGUCAUGAAGGAAUAAUAGAGGGUAUGUUGAAGGUUAUGCAAUGUUAUGUGAAAGGAUUUUAUGAAUUUUCUGAUUAUAAAUUUCAUCACUUGCUUAUUGAAAGAAACUAUAUAUUGAUUUACAGUACAUUUCUAUCCUUCACUACAUCUAGAAAAACUUGACAAAUCCAAAUACACCUCACCUUGUUAUAUAUAUAUUUUUUUGUAUUUUGCGACUAACACAGUUUAAUAUAUAAUACUAAGUUUACUGUUUUAGGUAGGCCAGAGGGUAUAUGAGAAGAAACAUAACAUCUAGGCAGUCUGGUGUCAUUUGUGUGUCUAAGGCAGCUGAGAUUUGUUAAAAGUACCACUAUUGUAAACAUUUUGCAACAAGCAGAGUAGAUUUGCAAGAGAACCAGGGCAUCGGCUGGAGUUGUAGGUGUUUGUCCCUCUAUAGCCAAAGAAUUUUAGUUAAACUGCAAAUAAAGUUCCCUGUAAGAUCA